UGUGUUUCUUUUCCGGUGACAAGAGAGAUUGAACUUCCGCCACCCACUACGAUCUUCCUCUUCCGGUUAAAGUGCUAUCAGGUGUAAACAUGGUCCAGCGCCUGACUUACCGCCGUAGGUUGUCCUACAACACCGCCUCAAACAAAACCAGGCUGUCACGGACUCCUGGUAACCGCAUUGUCUACCUGUACACUAAGAAGGUGGGCAAGGCACCCAAGUCUGCAUGUGGCAUCUGCCCUGGGAGGCUGCGUGGUGUUCGGGCUGUCAGACCCCAGGUCCUGAUGAGGCUCUCAAAGACCAAGAAGCACGUCAGCAGAGCCUACGGUGGCUCUAUGUGCGCCAAGUGUGUGCGUGACAGAAUCAAGCGGGCUUUCCUUAUUGAGGAGCAGAAGAUCGUUGUCAAGGUGCUGAAGGCCCAGGCUCAGAGUCAGAAGUCGAAGUAAACUCCUUUAUUAUAUGGCACAAUAAAAUAUUGGGACUAAAAAUAAACUGUCUCUGAAUAGUGUUUUAUAUUUCAUUCAGGGGAUUCAAAAGCAUACGUAUUUGUGAUGUGCAAAUUAUCGGAGUUGUCUUAUUUCAUGCCAGGCAUAUUCAAAGAUUUGAACAAACUUCAUGUGAAGAGUAGUAGUCCAUAGUCCAUAAUUUUGUGGAACUGUAAUUUUAUCUGAAGCUGUAUUCCUGAAAUGACCACAGGAACUUACUCUUCAUACAGAAACAAUAAAUCAGUCAUGACAGUGAUGUAACACUCUACACUGAAUUCUGUACCGCCAAUAGGCAUGCCACCAAUUUGUAAAAAAUAAAAUUCAGUUGAUGCAA